UUUUACAUACCACGGCACGUACCACGGUUAUGGUAACAAAGAGAGGUUAGUUCAGAACGUUACAUUCAGAACGGGUGUGAGGUUAUAUGUUUACAAUGGACUUGACGGACCAACGUUUAAUUGAAUUGGUAGAGAAAUGUUCUCAUUUAUACAAUAAAAGCAGUCCCGAUUACAAAGACAAAUUAAAAUCACAAAAUUCGUGGUGUAGCAUUGCAGAAGCGUUGAAUGCAACAGCUGCUGACUGCGAACACCGAUGGAGCCAAUUGCGAGAACGUUUUGUUCGUGAGAGACGUUCUUUAAAAGCAGGGCUUCCAUCCGGUUCAGGAUCCUCAAAACAGUCAACGCCUAGUCAUCUGUAUAAAGCUCUGCAGUUCUUAGAACCUCAUGUUCAAAGUAGAAAGACACGUGGGAAUGUUUUAAAAAGAAGCUUGUCACCAUCUGAAGAAUCUACACGUGGGAAUGUUUUGAAAAGAAGCUUGUCACCAUCUGAAGAAUCUACUACAUGGGAUACGCUAGAGACCGACGAUCCAGAUGUGAUUGAAUAUCUAAAAAUUGUAGAGCAUAACAAAAGCAAGCAUGAAACACCACAAGUGAGAAAUGAGCUCAAAGAAUCAGAUUUGUUGAAAAUAAAAAUGGAACCAUCGGAUGAAAAUAAUGUCAAUGUACUGAAUGUUAAGACUUCAGCUGUCAAUAAAACAUAUACAGACAUUGUAAAUGACAAAACAAGAAAAAGUGUAAAAACCAAUGUAAGUGUCAAUGAUGAUACUUUACAAGUUGUUUCUGAAGCAUUACAGAGUGUAAAAGGACUAUGUGAAUCUGCUGACAAGAGCGAUAAUGUUGCCUAUAACUUUUGCAUGACUACGUACAGUCAAUUGAAGAAAAUGUCGAAGAAAAAGCAAAAAAUCGCUCGUUCCAAAAUCCACACCAUCAUGCUAGAACUGGACUCUGACUCAGAGUAAACAGUAUUUUAUUUUUUUUUAUUUUGUGAUUCUAUCCAAAG